UGUAAGACGGACCGAGAAGAAGAGGCAUUUAUUACGGAUUUGCACCAACAUCAGACUAACAACAACUCCCGAAGUAGACGCCAAAUUUUCCUGAUUGGCUGACUCUAUCUUGGACCCUGACGGCGCCUGUGAAAGGAGGGCGUCUCCAAGUUUAAGCCCCGGACAGUUUUUAUGGAGUCUGGAGAGAUAUCGAGGUUCGUGAUACGUUACGGCCAACUUCCAGCGGGUUAUUGGCAGUUUGUUUUUGGUUUUGCGCGACAUACGAGUAAGGUGAGGUAAGGGUAUCGAUCAUGUUUGUAGUUCAAGCUGACGUCGGCUUUUCUGGCGCCCUCUUGACUCAUUUAUAAGUUUGAUAGUCUUCUAUUUAAGUGAUAGCUGCUCCCUGUUCUUCAGUUGUUGUAAACCACACUCGUCUUAUACCUCACUAUGUCAGCCAUAUACUCUGAAGCCCAGGUCGCCGGGUUUCUCAAACAUCUUCAAAUCCCCCAAGAGUUCUAUGUGGGCAAUGAACCUAUUCUAGACCAUGCCUUUCUCAAAGUGCUGCAUCAGCACAUGAUCGCAACAGUCCCAUAUGAUAACUUGACACUGCAUUACUCGUCGCAUCGCGAUAUCACUCUCGAGCCUCAAGCUCUGUACCAAAAGAUCGUGGGGGAUGGGCGUGGAAGAGGAGGUUACUGCAUGGAGAGUAACCUCUUUUUCUGCUACAUGCUGAGAGCUUUGGGUUUCCAAGUAUAUCCCGUUGGCGUGCGAGUUCGUCUGCGAAAGGAUGGUGUGCCUCACGGAGGUUAUUGCGGCUGGGUCCAUAUUGUCAACAUCGUAACUCUACCUGACAACUCUCGCUGGGUUAUCGAUGCUUCAUUUGGCGGCGACGGCCCUACACAACCCAUGCCCCUAGCCGAGGGCACUGAGUGGCGCAACAUGGGCACACAAGACGCACGUCUUAUUAAAGACUUCAUCCCCGGCCAAACAGAGCUCACAGCCGGUCGCCGUCUCUGGAUCUACCAAUGCCGCAACUCUCCCGAGCAACCCUGGAUCAGCUUCUACGCUUUCAGUCACUCAGUUGAAUGGCUGCCCGCCGAUUUCGAGAUCUCCAACUGCUACACGGGCACAAGUCCACGCAGCUUCCAGACAACAACGGUGCUGAUUGUCAAGUUUCUUCUGCGAGAGAGCAAAACUUCACCAACGGGCGAGGAGAUUUACGGGAAACGAAUGCUCAUCAAUGAUGUGGUGAAGGAGAACCCUGGGGGUAAGACAAAGGUUCUAAAGGAGUUGAAGACAGAGGAUGAGAGAGUGGAGGCGUUGAAAGGGUAUUUUGGUAUUGAUUUGACGACGGAAGAGAGGGAAGCUAUCAAGGGCUUCCAGACUGAGAUUAAGAGCGAGUAGAGGAUGAUAUACCACCUGUCAUUGUUUUAGAGCUAUGUGAUUAUGAUAGAAAUGAUUUUUGCAAUAUUGAACGAUUAUACAUACGCUUAAAUAGAGGGAAACAAGGAGCGCAUUUCUUUUCAGUCGCUGAUACAUCAGGUGUGUUUUGUUUUAUGGUAUGGUUUUAUAGUGCCAAUGUAUGAAAUCAUUCGCCAGUUAAUUCUAGUGCCUCAAUUAUAUCACCAGCAUAUAGUAACCCCCGAAUCUGAAAGAUCUGGCGUCUAACCCAGCAAAACAUGCCCUACGAGUCGUAAUUUGUACAAUCAGUGAGCCACUGUUGUCUAAGCAAGAUCUACUGUCAGAAUGGAUCACAGAUCUGAGGCCAGUUUAUAAUGUACGGCGGG